AUUUUAGUUUAGGUAGUACUUCAAGCUUUGAAGCAUUUGGGAACCGGGCGAAAAAUUUGGUGACCAGCGCCCCCUCGCCACCAGCUGGCGGGCCGGCGAACGCCAUUUUGCUUAAGGGCACGGGCGCCGGCUUCAGGUGCGGCGGCAGCACCAUGGCAACGGCGGCCAUCUUAGGCGCGGGCAAGCGGCCUCCCGCGCAGCAUCCAUGACGGAAUUUGGAGAAGAGGGGACCUUGUAUGUCUCAGUCACCAUGUCUGGAAUUGGCAAUAAAAGGGCAGCUGGAGACCCUGGCCCUUCUGCACCUCCAGAGAAGAAGGCUGGGGUUGAAGACUCGGGAACCACAGUGGAGACUAUUAAACUCGGUGGCGUUUCUUCAACGGAGGAGAUGGACAUUCGGACGCUGCAGACGAAGAACCGGAAACUAGCAGAGAUGCUUGACCAGCGGCAAGCCAUUGAGGAUGAGCUGCGGGAGCACAUAGAGAAGCUGGAGCGUCGGCAGGCCACUGAUGAUGCCUCUUUGCUGAUCAUCAAUCGUUACUGGAAUCAGUUUGAUGAAAACAUCCGCAUUAUCCUUAAACGCUUUGACCUGGACCAAGGUCUUGGAGAUCUCCUGUCUGAAAGAAAAGCACUGGUGGUACCAGAACCUGAACCAGACUCAGACAGUAAUCAGGAGCGCAAAGAUGAGAGAGAGCGAGGUGAAGGACUGGAGCCAGCGUUCUCCUUCCUAGCCACCCUAGCCAGCAGCACUAGUGAGGAGAUAGAGUCUCAGCUGCAAGAACGUGUAGAGUCCUCCCGGCGUGCUGUUGCCCAGAUCGUCACAAUGUAUGACAAGCUGCAGGAAAAAGUGGAUGUGCUGUCCCACAAGCUGAAUAGUGGAGAUAUUACACUGAUGGAAGAAGCAGUCCUGGAGCUUAAUUCCUACCUGUCACAUGAAAAUGGACGGCUGCAGGAGCUGGCUGAUCUUCUUCAGGAAAAACAUCGAAUCAUGUCUCAGGAGUUCUCCAAGCUGCAAGAGAGAGUGGAGACAGCAGAGUCUCGUGUGUCUGUUCUGGAGACUAUGAUUGAUGACCUUCAAUGGAAUAUUGACAAGAUCCGCAAGAGAGAGCAGCGUCUUAACCGGCACUUAGCAGAUGUUCUCGAACGGGUAAAUUCCAAAGGCUACAAGGUGUAUGGAGCUGGGAGCAGUCUCUAUGGGGGCACAAUCACUAUUAAUGCCCGCAAGUUUGAGGAGAUGAAUGCAGAACUGGAAGAGAAUAAAGAGCUUGCUGGGAACCGCCUCAAUGAGUUGGAGGAACUGCGCCAGGAUCUUGCGGAAGUAACAACGCAGAAUGAAAAACUUAAGGUUGAGCUGCGACGAGCAGUGGAGGAGGCUGUGAAGGAGACUCCAGAAUACCGCUGCAUGCAGUCCCAAUUUUCUGUUUUGUAUAAUGAGAGUCUCCAGCUGAAGGCACAUCUUGAUGAGGCCCGCACUCUGCUUCAUGGCACCCGCACCACACACCAGCGCCAGGUGGAACUGAUCGAGAGGGAUGAGGUCAGCCUUCACAAGAAACUACGCACAGAAGUUAUUCAGCUAGAGGACACGCUAGCACAAGUCCGCAAAGAGUAUGAGAUGUUGAGGAUUGAGUUUGAACAGACGCUUGCUGCCAAUGAACAAGCAGGUCCAAUUAAUCGAGAGAUGCGUCAUCUCAUCAGCAGCCUCCAAAAUCACAACCACCAGCUGAAGGGAGAGGUGUUGAGAUACAAGCGCAAACUGAGAGAGGCCCAAUCUGACUUGAGCAAGAUCCGCUCUCGCAGUGGUAGUACUAUCUUACAGUCCCAGUCCAGCACUGAAGACACAAAGGAGGAGCCUCCAGAGAUCAAACAGGAGCCAGAUGAUCCUUCUGCCCAAGUACCUGUGCCCAAGGCUGCUUCUGAAGAUGCGAGUGAAGUUAAGGCCAGGCGAGAUGAAGAGGAACGGGAGCGGGAAAGACGUGAGAGGGAGAGGGAACGAGAGAAGGAAAAGGAGAAAGAGAGGGAGCGAGAGAAAGAGAAGGAAAAGGAAAAGGAGCGGGAGCGGGAAAAACAGAAGCAGAAGGAAUCUGAGAAGGAAAGAGAGUCCAAAGAGAAGGAGAAAGGGAAACAUGAAGAUGGAAGAAAGAAAGAGGCUGAAGUGAUCAAGCAGCUGAAGGCUGAGCUCAAGAAGGCCCAGGAGAGCCAGAAGGAGAUGAAGCUGUUGUUAGAUAUGUACCGCUCUGCCCCCAAAGAACAGAGAGACAAAGUGCAGCUGAUGGCAGCUGAGAAGAAAGCAAAAGCUGAGCUGGAAGAACUAAGGCAAAGGGUGAAAGAAUUGGAAGACAAGGAGAAAAAGGAGAGUAAAAAGAUGGCUGAUGAGGAUGCCCUCCGCAAGAUUCGAGCAGUAGAGGAACAGAUUGAGUAUUUACAGAAGAAACUAGCGAUGGCUAAACAGGAGGAGGAGGCUCUGCUGUCAGAAAUGGAUGUCACAGGCCAAGCCUUUGAAGACAUGCAGGAACAGAACAUCCGCCUGAUGCAGCAGCUGCGGGAGAAGGAUGAUGCCAACUUCAAGCUGAUGUCAGAACGCAUCAAGUCCAACCAGAUCCACAAGCUGCUGAAAGAGGAGAAGGAGGAGCUGGCAGACCAAGUUUUAACACUGAAGACACAGGUGGAUGCCCAGCUGCAAGUUGUACGUAAACUGGAGGAGAAGGAACACUUACUGCAAAGCAGUAUUGGAACAGGGGAGAAGGAGCUAGGCCUCCGAACACAGGCCCUGGAAAUGAACAAACGCAAGGCCAUGGAUGCAGCCCAGCUUGCAGAUGACCUGAAAACCCAGCUAGAGCUGGCUCAGAAGAAGCUACAUGACUUCCAGGAUGAGAUAGUGGAAAACAGAGUAACUAGAGAGAAAGAGAUGUUCAACUUCAAAAGGGCUGAGGAAGACAUUUCUAGGUUACGCAGGAAGCUGGAGACCACUAAGAAGCCUGACAUGGUUCCCAACUGUGAUGAGAUAUUGAUGGAAGAAAUCAAGGAUUACAAGGCCCGCCUGACCUGCCCGUGCUGUAACAUGCGCAAAAAGGAUGCUGUCCUCACAAAGUGUUUUCAUGUCUUCUGCUUUGAGUGUGUGAAAACACGCUAUGACACCCGGCAGCGUAAGUGCCCCAAGUGCAAUGCUGCCUUUGGAGCCAAUGACUUCCACAGGAUCUACAUCGGUUGAUUCUUUCCACUGGAGUCACAGGAAGUUGCUGCUUGUCGUGACCACCCAGCCUCCCUCACUUUCUCUUAUUGUCACCUGUGGGGCAGUCAGUGCUUCUGUCUGUUCAUCUACGGUCUCUUCUGGGCAGUGUGGUUGGGGAAUGGAAAGAAAUAGAUUGUAGAUUUUAGUUCUGUUCUUGUCCAUAUUCUUUUAUUCUCGCCUUCAUUUUUUUGUGGAUUUUUUUGAUGCCUCAGAGGAUGUUUUCCAUCUAUCAAUUUCACACUGUCAAGUUGGAAAAUAUCUAAGUGAAGUCCUGGCUUGGUUGGAUGAGAGCUGUCUGUGGUCCUGCAGAAAGAAAUGAGGCCUUCACAGAAUCACAGAAUCAUCUACGUUGGAAGAGACCUACAAGAUCACCCAGUCCAGACCCAACACUAACAAGUCCUCCACUAAACCGUAUCACUAAGCUCUACAUCUAAAUGUCUCUUAAAGACCUCCAGGGAUGGUGACUCAACCACUUCCCUGGGCAGCCCAUUCCAGUGCCUAACAACCCUUUUGGUAAAGUUCUUCCUAAUAUCCAACCUAAACCUCCCCUGGCGCAACUUUAGCCCAUUCUCCCUCGUCCUGUCACCAGGCACGUGGGAGAACAGACCAACCCCCACCUUGCUACCGCCUCCUUUAAGGUACCUGUAGAGAGCGAUGAGGUCUCCCCUGAGCCUCUUCUUCUCCAGGCUAAACAAUCCCAGCUCCCUCAGCCACUCCUCGUAAGACUUGUUCUCCAGACCCCUCACCAGCUUCGUUGCCCUUCUCUGGACUCGCUCGAGCACCUCCAUGUCCUUCUUGUAGCGAGGGGCCCAAAACUGAACACAGUACUCGAGGUGCAGCCUCACCAGAGCCGAGUACAGGGGGACAAUCACUUCCCUAGCCCUGCUGGCCACACUGCUUCUUAUGCAAGCCAGGAUGCUGUUGGCCUUCUUGGCCACCUGAGCACACUGCUGGCUCAUAUUCAGCUGCCUAUCAACCAGCAUUCCCAGGUCCUUCUCUGCCAGGCAGCUUUCCAGCCACUCAUCUCCCAGCCUGUAGCGCUGCUUGGGGUUGUUGCGCCCCAGGUGCAGGACCCGGCACUUGGCCUUGUUGAACUUCAUACAGUUGGCCUCAGCCCAUCGGUCCAGCCUAUCCAGAUCCUCCUGCAGAGCCUUCCUGCCCUCGAGCAGAUCGACACACGCACCUAACUGGGUGUCAUCUGCAAACUUACUGAGGGUGCACUCGAUCCCCUCAUCCAGGUCAUUGAUAAAGAUAUUAAAGAGGACCGGCCCCAGCACUGAGCCCUGGGGGACUCCACUAGUAACCGGCCUCCAACUGGAUUUGGCUCCAUUCACCACAACUCUUUGGGCCCGGCUACCCAGCCAGUUUCUAACCCAACGAAGUGUACGGCAGUCCAAGCGGCCAGUUUCUUGAGGAGAAUGCUGUUGGAAUCGGUGUCAAAAGCCUUACUGAAGUCAAGGUAGACCACAUCCACAGCCUUCCCCUCAUCCACCAAGCGCGUCACUUGGUCAUAGAAGGAGAUCAGGUUCGUCAAGCAGGACCUGCCUUUCAUAAACCCAUGCUGACUAGGCCUGAUUGCCUGGUUGCCCUUCAAGUGCCGCGUGAUGACACUCAAGAUAAUCUGCUCCAUGAGCUUCCCUGGCACUGAGGUCAAACUAACAGGCCUAUAGUUUCCUGGGUCUACCCUCCGUCCCCUCUUGUAGAUGGGCGUCACGUUUGCUAGCUGCCAGUUGAGUGGGACCUCCCCUGAUAGCCAGGACUGCUGAUAAAUGAUGGAAGGUGGCUUGGUCAGCUCUUUGCCAGUUCUCUAAGUACCCUCGGGUGGAUCCCAUCCGGCCCCAUCGACUUGCGUAUAUCCAAGUGCUGUAGCAGGUCGCCAACCAUUUCCUCGUGGAUUGUGAGGGCCACAAUCUGCUCCUGACCCCUUUCCACCAGGUCAGGGUACUGGCUAUCCAGGGAACAACUGGUUUUGCUGCUAAAGACUGAGGCAAAGAAGGCAUUAAGCACCUCAGCCUUCUCCUCAUCUUUUGUAACUAAGUUUCCCCCCGCAUCCAGUAAAGGAUGGAGAUUCUCCUGAGUCCUCCUUUUUGUGUUUACAUAUUUAUAAAAACAUUUUUUAUCUGUAACAGCAGUAGCCAGAUUGAGCUCCAGAUGAGCUUUGGCCUUUCUAAUUUUGUCCCUGCACAGCCUUACAGCAUCCUUAUAAUCCUUCCAAGUGGCCCGCCCUCUUUUCCAGAGAUCAUAAACCCUCUUUUUUUUCCCCUAAGCUCUAACCACAACUCUCUGUUCAGCCAGGCUGGUCUUCUUCCACGCCAGCUCGUCUUUGGGCACGUGGGGACAGACCGCUCCUGAGCCAUUAAGAUUUCCUUCUUGAGGAGUGCCCAGCCUUCCUGGACUCCUCUGCCCUUCAGAACCUCCUCCUAAGGGACUCUGCCAAGCAGUGUCCUGAACAGCUCAAAGUCUGCCCUCCUUUAUUUCAGGACUUUACUCUGGUUGUCAAGUAUUAAAUGCCGUGAAAGUAUGGUGGCAUUACUGGGUGUGAAUGGGAAGCUCUUCCCAUUGAAAGGCCAAAUAAGGAAUGAACUGGUACAUUUGUAGAGCUCAGUGGAGUGACUCCUUAGGCAUGUAUCUUCCUGAGUCAGGCCAAAAAUCUGUGAAGACUGGUGCAUUAGUAAACGUCGUCUGUACCCAAAAGCAUACGCACAUCUUUAUAUUCAUCAGGGAAGAAAGAAGCUGUUGGUAAAUCUUUGAAAAUAGCAUACCACUGAUGACCCUGGUUGAUGUGGACAUCUUCUAGGCUGACAUUGCUGUCAUUGUCCUUAGGUUCCAGAAAAUACUUUGUAGAGGUUUCUUUGGUGCAGUUUUGCCACAAGGAUUAAUCUUGUAAUGCACAAGCUAUAAUAAAAGCUGUGGAUUGGGUUA